AUGAUGACAUCACAUGGAAAGCUGAGGAGGGAGAAGGGGAGUCUGGCCGAGUACGAAUCACAGAUGAAAGGUAAGAAAAUGCACAUGUGCAUGUGUUCGCAUUAUGUGUCUGUCUGCGUGUUGGUCUGCGCGUCUGUUUGUGCAUGUGCGUUUACCUGCAUGCAUGAAUGCAUACAAGGCAGCACAUUCGCAUUCAUGCAUGAAUGCGCUCAGCUGCUCUGCAGUCAUCCAGCCUCAGUCUGGGUUGGAUGACCACAGCACAUUAGUUCAGUAGAUGCAGUUUUACACGUCAUUAUUGUUUCUCUUAAGAUAUAGAAUAAUUUACCAUGGUUUUUAGACACAGGUUUCUGCAUGCUUGUGUCUGUGUUAGACCUUGUACUACAUCUGAUUUCGUCAUUGUCAUAUUUUAAUAUAAGGGUCAUCAUGAGGAUAGAUUUUCACCUCACAAUUAUUAAUUAAGAAUCAGUUAUUUUCACAAUAUCAGCAAAAAUAAAUAGAAAAUGUACAAAAAAAAAGUAACUUUAAUAACCCAACAGAUAACUUCAUGUUACAUUUCCUGUCACAUGAGGAAAAACACAACUUAUUCUUUCUAUUUGAAGAAAUCUGCAAGAGGAUAGAGAGGGGAAGAGUUGUUACACCCUUUUGCAUCCACAAACACCCCAUCAUUUUUACUUAAAGGGGACCUGCCAUCAAAAUUUCAUACCCAUUUUUAUUAUUUUUAUUCAAAAUAAAAAAAAAGAAAAAUUUAAAGGGAAUUUUUUUAGCUGUGUCGAAAUUAAAGCAACAAGCUGAUUACUCAGCCUUCUUUUAUGCUAGGGCUGCAUCCCUAUCUAUACUUAUCUAUUCAUGCAAAAAAAGAGAAAACACAUAUUUACUGGAUAAAAUCAGAAAAAAAUUUUGGGCUUUAAAAAUUGUUUAAUUUUGCAGCCUGCUUGCUGAUGCCGGUGUCGUAGUGCAGGUUUGGGUCUUAUCAGGUGAAACUAACCUUACAGCUGGUGUCAAAUAUCUCCCUUUAAGCCAACCAAAACUAACUUUACUCUUGCAAAUGUAAAAAGUCAUUGUCCAAAAUUUCUUAGAUCAGAGAUGCUGAGCACAGUCUGCAGAAAAAAACUGCAUAACCUUACUCAACUACAUCACAACUCUGAAACUGGCAAUUGGACAGUUAAUGUGACAUUCCUUCUGGCCCAGGAUGCCACUAAUUGGUACAGCUGUAUCUUAGAAAUUCAUACUGCUUACUGAUUCAGAUCUGUGAAUCUUUAUAGCUCUACUUCUUAAAUGUACUGAACAAAAUCAGCAAAGAGAUUAGAGUUAUGCUGCCUUCCAUUUGUACUUGGAAGUUGGAUUUUCCGAGUUCCCAGUUGGAAAUUUAUCUGAAUUGCCCCCUGAAGUCAGAAUUCUGACUCAGAAAGUCAGACAAUCCUCACCAACCCCGACUUGGACAACAACGUCAUAAUCCAAGAUGGUAGCGCAGAGCACCAACAGUAAAGAGUAACAGUCAAAGCUCUCGUAAUGUAUUAUUUAUUAUCACUUCUGUUUUGUUUUGUGAAAACAAAAGUGUUACAUGUAGUACUGCCCAACAACUAACUGUGGACAUGGUGCUGUGGUGUUUGAAUGGGUGAAAUACUGUAUUAUUUGCUGUUUUCAACUGGCAUAGCUUAAAGCAGCUAACAGCAGCUAACAACAGCUAACAACAGCUAACAACGGCUAAAAAGCAGCUAACAACGGCUAACUACAACUACAACUAAACACUAUAACAGCAGGAGCCUAUUUUGGUUUUCAGACUUGUUUACCUGAACACCAUCAUCUCAGGUGUAACAUCAUUACUAGCUCUGACAUCCGACUUCCGAGGUAACUGGAACGCAGCAUUAGAGCUUUGUCUACAGGGGGCGUCAAAAGCAGCCCAAACUGAAAGUUCCACACUGGAGCUUUAAAGACUUGCACAGAAAAGCCCACACUUUGACAUUAAUGAAAUAUUUAAUUUUUAAAUUUACUGAAGAGACUGAUCAGUUAUUGAAUCAGUUUGGGAUUAUGAACUACUGUAACUCUUACAUAAUGGUCACCUCUGAUAUUAUAGCUACAAGAUUUUCAUGUGACAGCCUCAGUGUGUACGUGAUCUUAAUGCAGUGUCUUUGAGGAUGCAUGCUGUUGCUUGGUAGCACUCUGUACUGUACUACAAGGAUGUAUUUAUAGCCAGUAUUAGUGAUGCUGUCUCCUCACAUCCAGUCAGCCUCAGGCUGUGUACUCACACAGAGACAGAGAAAAGGAGUAAAAAGAGGGGAAAGAGGGAGAGGGCGGACUGGGGUUGGGAGAUUAGGAAGGAGAAAAGAGAGAAGGGAAAGAGCAGGUAAGAAAACAGAAGAAUAAGAGAGAGGGGAGAGAGUUAAGAAAAGGGGAUGUUAUGUGAGAGGAGAAUAUCAUGUUUGUAUUCGUCUUUUCAAAUCAAAGUGCAGCACAGGGUCGAGUCACUGCUGGCCUCUCUGUUUGCUCACCAGCUCAUGUGUAUAAAAUGAAGCUAUGUUGGGUUUUUUUCUUGUAAGCUCUGUGUAAUAGUCUCUGUCUCGCUGCAUAAUAUCUCAGUUCAGUUUAGGAUAUCCCUCCUAGAAAUGGUAGCAUUUGGUUUCCUGUGUUUUCCCCCCCGGAGGAACUGUGUAGAUGAAGCAAUUAUGCAGGGACAUGGAUGAUUAGGCAAUUGUCAUAUUGUCUUUAGUUAGGUCAUUUCUUAAUAAUAAUCAGAUCAUCAUAUCAAUACUGUGUCUCUCAAAAUAAUAAUAAUAAUAAUAAUAAUGAUAAUAAGGUUUGACAUCAUGUCCACCACAUGUAGUUACAAUACAGCAUGUCACAUGUUUUAUUUAAACAGACGCUCUAUAAUUUCAUACUGUGUGCUGACAAAUGCAAGUUUGAAUCUGCAAGUGGGAGCAGGUGUGAUAUGCAUGAAUUAUUGAAUACAGAUAAUACACAUGCAUAAUAGACCAAAUCCCUCUUUUACAUAUAUGUGGAUAUAUGCAUUCAAAUACAUACACAUGUACAUAUGCCUGCACAGUAAGGACAGGUAAUAUAGUGAUAUUGUAAUGUUGGUGACAUUUCAUUUUGUUGGCCAAUCUGACCAGUUACUUGAAAAAGAUUUAGUCAUGAAUAAAACUAUCUGCCACAAUCUUAUGAGAGAUUGUUACACUGAUCAGUGCCUUGCUCUCAUGCUGUGAAUUCACUUGCGCAUAUUCAGCAGUCCUGGAGCCACGUUUUUACAGUCUGUACAGAAGUUGAAGUCCAGUGAUCUUUCCUCUCAUCAUUUUUAAAAUUGAUAACAAUGUGGUGUCUUGCAGCUUUAGCUUUUACAAACUUGUCUUCACUGUGCCGCCACCAAUCACUAAAUGUGUCAUGUGGCAUUUUAAAAAUAUCAGAUAGUCUACUUCAUUUCAUCAGCUGAUGCGUGCAGGCAUGAAAAAGUGUAGAUGAUGUGGAGAUGAUCCCACUUUUUCACAAGUAUUUCAAGGACCUAUAUAUUUAUAACUUACCAGACAUUUUCUUGUUGAAUGGUAGAAGUCCUCUUUAUUUUUAAUUUGGUUAGAUCAUUUUUGGAUGCCUUUAUGCAGAGAAGGACUUGACAGUGGACUGAGAAGAAAACUGGCAGGAGAGAGAGUGGGGAUGACAUGCAGCGAAGGGCCAUGGGGUGUGUGACUUAACCGCUGAGCUAAUCCGUCACCCCUGCAGCUCUUUAUUUUCUAUGUGCAGGGUGACAUAAUUUUUCUCUUCAAGGAUUCAUAAGCCUGACAUUUCCAGAAACAACUGUUACUUUUCAAACAAGAUAUAGUAUUCAAAAGAUGAUUUUUUAAAAAAUCUAAAUCUUAAUCUGUAUGUAAGACAAGCUGUUUCAAUUUAUAAAUUAUUUCAAAUAGUUAUUUAUCAGCCUGUCUGGCUCCUGUUUCUAUGCUUAUUGUCCUAAAGGACUUUUUUUCCAUCUUGGUAUGAAAACGAAAGCAGCGUUGCUAGGUGACAGACCAAAAAGUUGAUAAGCUUUGCUGAAUUAGGGGUUUAGGAUUUCUAAAACUGAGAUAAGACAGGAUGGAGACAGAUAAGGACGCAUUCCUGAAGUUAACUCCGAUUUUCUUCAGCAAUCUGAAAUUUGUAAAAAUCUUAUCUCUGACUCUUCCUAUCUCGACUUCAGAUCGAAGAUCAGAUCAGAAGUUUUUACAGCUCCAGGGUUAUAAACAUGUCCUCGCCUACAUUACUGUCUUUCUCCAUGUCUUUAUAUCUCUCUCUAUCUGUCUGUCUGUGUAUUUGUCAGACCUGCGGGCCCAGCUGACAGACCAGAUAAAGAUUUUAGACUCUCAGGUGGAGGUGAAGCAGCAGCAGCUCUCAGACCUCUCCGAGUUCCUCCGCCGUCGAGGAGACAUUGAGGCCGAAUAUGCACGAGCCCUUGACAAGCUCACUGAGAGAUUCACCCACAAGACCAAAAAGUAAGUGUGUAUACGUUUGUGCUGCAUGUGAUGUUUCGAGUAUCUUUUCAAUCUCUCUCAAGACUUGAAAGGUUUUUAUUCAUAUCUCAGUGAGGAUGUCUGUUUUUUCUCCAGGAAGGAGCAGUGGGGUCAGUCUGUGUGUCAGGUCUGGUCCGUCUUGCUGACUCAGACUCGUCUGGAGAGCCGGGAGCACGCAGCACUGGGCGACACCUGCUGCAACACACUCACACAGCGAUUGGCACACAGCACAGAGGACACACACCGCCUGCACAAACGGGUGAGUGGAUGUUUGGUGUAAGGUCACACACUCGCAGAAACUGUAACAAUGAAAGGAUGCACUGCAUUCAGAGAAAGGUGCAGUGAAAAUGGAGGUUAUUACAACAAUCCUCCUCCCACAGCGUCCAAAUAAUCCUCUCAAAUCUGAGCUGUCGGGAAAAAUUACUCCUCUGACAAGUAUGUUGUACUUGUUGUGCAAAAGUGGUGCAGGGUGAAUUUUAUACUGACCCAAAAGAGUUUUAGGUAAAAGAGGCUUGUUGUAAAGUUGUCGACACAUCUGCAUAAAUAUGAAUGAUCUUAAAUAUUGUAAAUGAUGAAUUCAAAGUGAAAUAAAAUAAAAGGUCUGUCAAGUCUAACAACAACCGGUAACCUGGCAUUAUUUGUUAGCAAAAGAUUGUUCGAGAAACACAGAUUUUUCACUCCUUCACUCAGAUGGACACCACAGGUGGUUAUGAAAUAGUUUAAUGACAUGUGUCUGUUUCGUAUCCUCUUCUGUUUCUUCUGUAAACUGCUUUUCUGAUACAUUUGCAAAAGGAACAGGAGCCUCAUUUGUCAAAGGAGCUCUCACUCUAUGGGGUGCCAUUUGUAAAGCAGCCCAUUAUAAAAAACAACAGCAAGAUUUGGUCGCAUUUAGCUUCAAACAGCAUUUAAAAAAGUGAUGUGAAUUUUCGGCAGUCAUUUUUUUGCACAUUUACAACAACAUUUAAAUACUAAAACUAAAUGUUAAAUGUUAAAUCUAAAUGCUAAAUAUAAAUGUUAAAUCUAAAUGCUAAAUAUAAAUGUUAAAUAUAAAUCUAAAUGUUAAAUCUAUAUGUUAAAUGUAAAUGUUAAAUCUAAAUGUGUUGGGCGAUACUAAAUAUUUAGCUAAUAUGCAAAUUCACGGUCGGAAACCGGAAGUGCCAAAAUAAAAGCUCCAGAAGGUCAUAUUGAUGAUUCUUGUGUCGAAGAAAACGAAUUAAAACCAAUUUAAGGGGGGAACAAAUACUUGGGCUGACGUUUCGUGUUAAUAACUACCUACAAUAGCAACAGCAACAACAAAAAUUUUAUUAGAAAGACUCGAGUUUUCAGUGUCCCCUCUCCGUGUGGCGCAGACACUGUACGAACACACGCACACACACAUGCAGGUGCAAACAUUGUCCGCCACAAAGGAGCAGUAUCAUGUGUGCGCCGAAAUGCCGAAAAUUCACAUUACUUUUUUAAGUGCUGUUUGAAGCUAAAUGUGACCAAAUCUUGCUGUUGUUUUUAUAAUGGGCUGCUUUACAAACCGCACCCCAUAUCACUCAUGGUAUUACACCUAAUUUUUACAGCAUAAAAUGACCAAUUAAAACACCUGUCCUGACAGUAAUCAACAUGAUGAGGAAAAAACUGUCAUUUAUCAGAGUAAAAACAAAAGGGAAACCCAAAAUGCAGACAAUUUAUAUAUAUAUAUAUAUAUAUAUAUAUAUAUAUAUAUAUAUAUAUAUACAAACAACAAAAAACCUUACUUUCAAAGAACACAAGAAGCAAAAAUACAAACAAAAGACACUGGGGGAAAAAAAACCAGGAGACAAAGGAUUCACAGAUAAAAGAUCACGGGGAACAGGCUGACAUGCACACACAUCAACAUACAUUGAACCAACAAGGACAGAAGGGAAGACAGAGAUGAUAUACACACUGGGAGACGAGCAACAGGUGAGGCAAACGAGACACAGGUGAAACUCAUGGGUGAUUAACGAGGGAGGGAAAACUAGGGGAUUAAAACCAGACUAGAAACACAAGGAAUCAACUUCUACAAAAUAAAACAGGAAACACUGAAAACUGAUCUAAAGAAUAAAACACUGAGAACAUGAGGGAAACGGAGUCAAACACAAACUGAAAACUCACAAGACUGGACUACAGGGGAACAGGAACAAUAGGGACAAUACACAAAAUGCACUCAAAUUAAACCAGGAGAAGAAAACUAAAUAAACAGAACAUCUGACAAAAACUUGAUGGACAGAAAAAAUAUUUGAGAAAACUCCAUUUGACGUGUAUUUUGAUUAAAGAGUCUGAACCUUUUGUUAAAAAAAGGGGGCGGACCUUGAGCUCAAAUAUUUUGGCUUCACUUUUGUAAAGCUGUUGUGCUGUCAAUUUUUUUAAGCUCUAUGAUGUAAAGUUUAAUUGAAACAACUUUAAAAAAAACAGUGGAGGCCUAUCAUUCAUGAUUUAUUUCAAGGGGGAGCUUAAUCAUUUUCUAUGCAGAGAUCUGGAGACCAUGAGGCAUGUUUCGUGACUCUGAAAGUGAGCUAAAUGUUGCUGAAAAUUGUCAAUUGUAAAGGUCAAGGACGACUUUUCAGCCCCAACCCGCUGCUGAGCUUUGACCUUUAUGUGUUGUGUGGCAGUGUCUGACAGAGUUCAUGUAUUAAGAUUUUUCCACAAGAAACAAGUGACUGAAAGAUAAUCAUACGUAUGCAGGAAUGAUUUCACUUACUUUCAGGAAUGUUUUUUGGUGACUGUCAGCAUCAGAAUAAGCAGAUUACAACACCAACAUCAAGUCACAGUAAUAAACAAGUGUAAUGCUCAAAACUGUCAGCUCUGUAUCCUGUUAGAAAAGCCUAAGACUCUAUGCAUAAAUUCAUAAACAUGGAUUUUUUUCAAUGCUGCCGGAUUAAUUUUGUAAUACAGCACAACACUGAAAUAACUCCACUUGUAACUUGCCAGCUGAACCUGAGCAGACUCUGAACAAAAAUCUUCUUAUGAACCUCCUCCAUGUUUUUUUUUCUCCCUCCUGUUAUCUCUCUUUGUACUGCAGUGGCAUCUGCAGCCUCAUUCAUUUUAAAAAGUGAACAUACUCAUCCUGCUAAAAUUACAGCUUGUCAGACACGCUCUCUGUACCUUCUCAUGGUUGACAAGUGAGCAGAAUUUUAAUUAAGCCAUAACAGUCACUUCAGAGCAGCUAAGAGGUGUUGUUAGGCGUUAUGCCAAGCAGAGCAUUACCAAAAUCACUCUCAGCACUAUACUGAGUAUAGUGCUGUUGCUACCAUCAAAGUCACUCUAUACAUGCGUUGCAAUUAAGACUACACGAGGCCUACGAGAGAUCAUGACUCUGUGACAUGACUAUAAAAUAUAACCUAUAAAAUAUAACCUGCAAACCAAGAAAGACAGAGUGACCUGGUAUUUCCUACACAUGGACCAUACUGGUACAGGCAGCUCAGACUAUAUUAUAUCUACAGUAUCUGUAUAUUUUUUACCAGCAUGAGAUUGCUGUCCAUAAUCAAUGAUAAUCUGCUGUUAAUGCAUUGAUUGAGGUCUGGUAUGCCACUUUCAAUAUCAUACUGCUUUUUUAAUAGUUUAAUACAGCCCGUUCAUGUCAGCAUCUUAAUUAGAGGUUGUUGCAAAGGGCUCUAUCAGUAACCAGCCUCGCCCAAGCUCAAAUCAAGUCCUAUGAUAAUGAAAUAUCGAGUGAAUAGUUUAAAAUAUGUGAUUUGCAUAUUUAAGGCAUCUCUUUGAAAACCUACUGCUUAUUAUUUUUGUCAAAGAAAUCAGACACACACAGGCAGAGAGAAAUGGCUGGAGGCAGCACAGGAUACGCCGCUGUGUUAGUGUGUGUGUAUGUGUGUGUGGGAGGGUAGUUGGGUGGGCAUUUUAAGGCAGUUCGUUUGUGAACACUAGAAUAAGCUGGAGGAAGACAAGCAUCAUUAAUAAAGGCGGUGGAGAUGAACAUAUUGAGUAAUGUAAAAAAGAUAAGGUCAUGAAUAUUUUUACUAAACUCCUCUCUGUUGCUGUCGCCUCUACAGGUACAGCAUUAGUUUGUUUAAUACACUAUAAGCUGUUACCACACAUCAAACAUAAUCUUUAAUGCUUUGUUAAAGGGAUAUUCCGGCGUAAAAUUAAGUUAUGGUCAAACACACUGUAACAGCAAGUUAGACACCCCCUUUAGAGAUGAAUGUUGCUGACUGCUUGCUUCUCUAGGUAUAACAACUUCAGCAACAACCACACAAUGGCAAUAAACAGUGUCUACAUCUCUGUGCAAACUUCAACCAAAAAGUCACUCUAUAGCCACAAAUAAUGCUCAGGACAGCACCUAACUUCAUCAAAAGUACAUAUAGGGACCUAGCCACAGUACUAGCCACCAAACAUCUUUUUAGCUUUGCCUGAUUUCUUUAGCAAAGAGACCAAACACAACUCACCCACUCUCCUCCAGCAGCUGCUUGUUUGUGGGGGAGCCCUGACGAGUCGAUCACAGAGUGCAGCGGAGUUUUGCAGUUCAAGGAAGAAAAUGUAUGAUCAUUUUUUCAUGGAAAUGCAAUCAGACCGAGAUGCUAAGGCAGAAGAACUACCGCAUCUGCUGUGCAAAAUGAUUAUUUUGAUGAUUAUUACUUCAAGGAAAUGAUCCGCUGCACUUGAUGAUCAGAUCUUCAGGCCUCCCCCAUAAACAAGCGUUUAAAAAGAUGUUUGGUGGAUAGUACUAUGGCUGGGACCCUAUAUGUACUGUUGAUGAAGUUAGAUGAUGUUCUGAGCAUUAUUUGUGGCUAUAGAGUGGCUUUUUGGUUGAGGUUUAUGUGUAGAGACAUAGACCACUAUGUAUUACUAUCGUGUGGUUGUCACUAAAGUUGGUAUAACUAGAGAAGCAAACAGUCUGCAACAUUCAUCUCUUAAGGGGGUGUGUGUUACGGUGUGUUUGACCAUGACUUAAUUUUACGCCGGAAUAUCCAUUUAAAAGACUACAAGAAAGGUAUAUUUUCAGUCCUUUUUAAAACCUGGAGCAAAUGCAUGAGUGAGAAAGGCAGUAACAUAAACACCUAAAAAAUACUAUCCCUCUUUACUCCUCUUUUAAAAGUUUGAUGAUAAAGCUUCUCUUGUGUAAAGCAUCUGCGAGGAGCUUUAUUCAGGUCAGUUUUGUCCUCUCCAAAGGACAAAGGGAUACCUCUUAUCUGUAUUUCUGAUUUUGUACUAAACAAGUAUAAGGAGUGUUUUUAUGAGGCAAAAUCUCAUCCUGCGCUCUCCUGUCAGUCUAAUUAACUCUCACUCUGAAUGUUGUCUCCUGAACAAAGGAAAAAGAGUUUGUAAUCGUGUCGCAGGUCAUCUCGUCUGACACACACCCCCUCACAGCAGUCACGGGCAUUGAAACUCACAAUGUGGCAACUGUGAAAGCCAUUGCUGAUGGUCUUGUUUGCUAUUUUAGGUCAAUAAGAGGCAUCACUAUUAAUCAGGCAGUUUCAACACCAGUCAAAAACUCCUCUCAAGAACUUUAACUUCCACUUGCAGCAUCCAUGACCUCAAUUUCAGAGUGUUAUUUACUGGCAUUUAGUAUUGCUCUAUUAUUGAAGUCCACUCAUAUCUGCUCCUAUAGAUCAUGUGGUUGAGUCUGAAAUCUCCUGUAUGGCUAUUUAUCAUCAGCAAGUAAACAUAAAUCAAUUGACAGAAAUCAUGUCAUAGAAUCAGCAGCUUUAGACCCCAAAAUUAUGUACAGGGUGGGGUUUGUGUCUUCUCCAAAGACCUCCUCUGAAAGGUGAUAUCACAAGUCCGACCCCCUCUUGAUUUUGAGUGUUCGAUCAUGUUCAAGUGGCGUUGAAGAGCAUGGCGGCAAAAAAGGCAACUGAAACCAAAAAGUAAUUUUGCAUUGAGGACGCUGAGCAUUAAAAAUGCUGAGCUGCAGAGCUCAUAGGAAAUUACAUGCACAGUUAAGUCGAGUUACAGUCAUAGCUGGAGAGGCGAUUUAACCAGACUACUGUCUUUGUCCCAGUUAACAAGUACUGAGCAAGAACAGAAUGAAUCAACAAAAGCUUGUCCGCCUCCUCUAUGGUAGGUGGAGACGUGUCCCCUUUUAGCUUGUCACUUCGAGAACAAUAUUUGGUUCUUCAUCUGAAAAAGUGUAAUAAAUGCAGGGAAAAAAAUCAUAGAGAAGACUCAGGAAAUGAUCUGUGGAUCCUCCCAGUCAGGAGUUACAUGGAGCCCAUUUCUUCAUUUUUUAAUUUUGGGAAACAUUUUGGCACAUUUAGACCCUUGUUUCUGCUCAGGGUUCAAUCAGACUACUAGCACCACACAGAUACAUUCACCAAAACUGUGAAGGUAGAGCUGGCAGGCAAUUAUCUCGACUUAGCACAACAACUGGGAGCUAUAAAUUAGAGGAAAACAAUUUCAGUUUAUCCAAAAUAUUGCUUUUAAAAGAUUGCUCAUAGAUACUUAAUGGUGCCUACUGUUUGCACAACUUUCUUUUACAUAUUUCAGAGCAAAGAAGUUGGCAUCCAGAUGCAAGAUGAGCUGUUAAAGGUCACCACAGAACUCCAGAUGGUGAGCACUAAUGUUGUUCUUAAACUUAAUAGUGUGAUAUAAUGUAAUAACAGUGUCUCGUGUUGACAAUGCUGAUGUGGAGUAUCUGUUAUGUGUCACGAAGGCUCUGAAGACGUAUAACCAGUACCACACAGACUGUCUGAUAGCCGAGGGGAAGCUGAAAGAAGCCGAGCGGUUAGAGGAGAGACACACGGGCAAGUCAGCUGAGCUCGGCCUCGGCCAAUCAGGGGGACAGAGGCGAAGCUCGGUCAAGAAGAUGGAGAGACUAAUGGAGAAAGUGAGUGGGUGCUGCUGGAUGAAUAAACCUGUAAGGGUAGUCGCAUGACUUCACACGUAGAUUCCUCAAAGUGUAAGUCAUUCAGAGUUUAAGGUAUAAAUUCAGUUGAGGGUGAGGUUAGUCUAGUUGUGGUUAUGGUUGGGGUUAAAGUGAGUCUCCAGGAAAUGAAUGUAAGUCAAGUAAAGUUCUCUAAAGUGGGGUAACACAAUGCUGUGUGUGUGAGCGUGGGUGUGAGACAGAAGAACAGUGAGAGAACAGAUCACAGGAAGUUUUGAAGCCAAUUUCUGCAGAACACACAAUUUCCUGUUGUUCGUCUGAGCAUUGAAAAUUCAGAAUUCUGUGAAAGCAUUUUUUUUUUAUGUGUGAGAUAGAAAAUAUUAUCUACAUCAUAACCAUUACUUUAUUGUUAACCUUAUCAUGUCAUUAUCUCCUACUUUGUGUGCCUGCUUGCACAGAGGCAUGGCAGAGUGCAGGAAACCCAGCUGAAGUGCACCAAGGCUCGUAAUGACUACCUGCUGAAUCUAGCAGCAGCCAAUGCAGCCAUGAACAAGUACUACCUGCAGGAUGUCAGCACUCUCAUUGACGUAAGAAACAUGCAAUAAGUGUAGUGUUCCCAUCUGAGUGGGGGGCUUAAGACCACCCGAUGGAUUUCUGAGAUUCAUUUUUAUGCCAUGUUUGACUGUUAUUUCCUGAAGACACUCAUAACAGGGGAAAAAAGACAUACAAAAGAUGAAAUACCUCUUUACUCUUCCUCCUCAUAAAUCCCUGUCUGUUUCUCUUACCAUCCACAUCACUCCCAAUUUCAUGUCCUAACCCCUCCUUUGUCCUGGCAGUGCUGUGACCUGGGGUUCCACCUGUCCGUGGAUAGGGCGAUGAGGUGCUUCUUGGCUAGUAGGUGGCGCAUCCAGAAGACAGAGGAGACGGGGCUCAGGCAGCUGGAGGCAGCAGUGACAUCCCUGGACCAGGGUGGAGACAGAGAUGCUUUGCUACAGCAACACGACUCUGCCUUCUGCCUUCCAUUUAGAUUCAACUACCAUCCACAUGAAGGGGACCAGGUGAGAUCAGCAUGCCUCUGCAACGCCGGAAACAUACUAUUCUCCAUUUUUAGUCAGAGUUGUAUUAACCGUUCAUGGAAACUCAAGUUUGUGGCAUGGCAACAGUGGAGGAGGCUUCUGGGGAGCUGGGUUCCAGAGCACUGCAGGUGUCCCUAAUGGGGCGCUCACACCAAGUGCGAGUAAAAUCAUCUACUCGCUUAAUUUGCACAAAUCUAGACGCAAGAAUGAAUAGUAUUAACUCGCUUCAUCGGCGCAUCAUUACCUUUUAUGUUAAUUUCAAAUGCAAUCCCUGCCAAUUCAACUGGAGGGAUCAAGUGAUAGACAAAGGUUGUUUAACAGUUUACCAGGUAAUCUGACCCCCUCACUCACUUGCCUCCAGGCGAACUACUUUUUUUUUGGUUUCAGUAAUUGAAAGAAAAGGUAUUAUUUAAUUUUUGUCCUCCAUUUUAGAUACCAGUGAACAACCGUCCAUUUUCAUACGUCAUCCGGCAACAUUCGCGCUGAUUGGUUAUCAUGAUGUGAAUAUCAGUUCAAGUUGAGACAUUUUCAGCUCCCAUCCAAUUUGCUUCAAUCACGCCGCCAGAGUAGUACGAGCAUCUAAUUGCGUCUUUGCAUUGACUUCAUAUGUAGUUCAAUCGCGAGACUCCAAUCAGAAUUAGGGUGAAAGAAACUGAUCUGAGAUCAGUUAAGAGUACUUUGCGUCAUAAAUCCUAUAAAGCUGCAACAGAGCUAUCAGAAGCAGAGAUAAAGCCUUUUUAAGCCCUCUUUGUUAACGGAUAACUGUAAGUACAGUAGCACCAAGUACAGUAGUGUAAGUACCAAGAAGUCCUCUAACAAACUCGUGAAACAAACCACUGAAGGCCUUUUAUUGCUUCUGUUUCAGAGAAAGACUGAAGCAUAAAUGUGACUUUUUAACAAAAACAGCACACAUUGGAUAGACAAUGAUGCAAAGGGCUUUUAAAUUAUCAUAGAAGAUGAAGGUUAUCAAACAACCUUUUGCUGAAUAAUGAGACCAAAUGUUUAAAUCACGAGUAAUGGUGCUUUUUUAAUUACUUAUUCCCAUUUACUCUCAUUUCUCUUGACUUCAUGUGCUUGGGUGGCAAACUUCAAAAUCCCAGUCACCCAAAUUAGCAGCUUAUUUUCAAAGACUACCUUAAAAUUUGAUGCAUGUACUCAUCAUAAUAGACACACCUUUCAAAAUAAAAGAACAAUGGACUCUACAACAAAACUGUGCAAACAAACAACUUAAAUGAUAAAACUACAGGAAUUUUAUUCUGAAAGGAACUGAAUAUAUAAAAGAACGGAAAUUUUUAAGGAAAAACUAUAAACACAAUUAAAAUCCAUGUGAGACAAUUUUUUUUAAAUGGAGGCAAAGACAAGCAUAGACCAGAUGACUGCAUUGUUAAAAUCAGUUUACAUCUUUUUACUGUAACACACUUCUCUGGUAUCCUGUUAUUUAUUUAAAAAUGCUCACGUCUCACUUUUUAAAGUUAACUUGAACCACAAAAAGCAGAACAAAAACAAAUUUCCUAUCUACGUCAACCUCUGGCAGCAUCACAGUCUUUCUCUUCUCCGAACAAAUAAAACAGAUCCUUUCCCUCUAAUCCAUGAACUCUAUGGAUUUGAACUCCAUGAACCCUCAAGCUGUUACAUUUUAAUUUGUUUGUGCAUUUCAGGUGUGUGAAGUGAGUGCAGAGAGCCAGGUGAGGUAUGAGCUGGAGACCAGGUUCCAACAGCUUCAGUCCCGACUCGCUGCUGUUACCUUGGAAACAGAGGAGGUCAGCUUAAUCUUCUUCCCUGCCUGUUUCCAUAAUACUCUGUCUGUCUGUCUGUCUGUCUGUCUGUCUGUCUGUCUGUCUGUCUGUCUGUCUGUCUGUCUGUCUGUCUGUCUGUCCCUCAAUGGGUUGAUGAGUGAGUGAGCAACAAUGUACAGUCUAUAAAGUGAGAGAAAAAGUCCCAGCAUGACAAGGUGAAUUAAAACUCAGUUUGUUUCCCCCUCUCAGGUCAGUAAAACUCUGAAAGCCACCCUCGUCGCCCUGCUGGACACCAUGUGUGAAAGCGACAGUAACCCCUCCCCUGACGUGCCUAGCAGUUUAACCCAUGAGCCCCCUGGAGGAAACACCAUCCAAAAACUUACCCUCGCCAAGCGUCGAGCCAAUCAACAGGAGACAGAGACCUACUAUUUUACUGUUAGUGCAGCCUUUGAAAGGGCACUUGCAAGUUUGUGCUUCACUAUGGAAAUACUUGUCAUAACUUGUUGCUAUAAUGUGAGAAGAACUUUCAGUUUGUGCUGCUUUUAGUGGAAAAAUUUGAACUUAAUGAGAAUCUCUGCUGAAGAUAAUAAUAAAGCCAGCCUCUGCAGCAUGGCAUUAAUCUCUUUAAUUUGCAUGUGUCAGCAGUUUCAGGCACUGAAAAUAACUGUACAGAAAUAAUCACUCUUCUUCCUGACGGGACUCGUAGCUUUUGUUUCUCGUAAGGAGGCAUCAACAGUAAUGUUUGUGUGUUUUAUUUCCAGCUGAAAACUUCUCACGGGAGCUUUUAGAAACUUUGCCUGAGUUACUGAGGAAAUAUGAAAGACUUUCAUUUCAUUUUGGUUUGAUAUUUUCUUGUAGAAAGUGAAGGAGUUCCUCACCAGCAGUUCUCUGACCUCCAAACUUCAAGCCAAACAUGAUCUUCUACAAGAUGCCAUACAGAAAGGUAUUCACAGUAAAGUGUUACAGGCUGUGUGCGCUAAUUCUUGUGAAAUCUUGCUCAUUUUUUGGGUGAACAGCAGAUCUAUGUGGAUGUGACUGGUAACUUGGCCAGUGCUGAAUAGGGAUGGAAAUUGAUAACAUCUUAUCAAUAUCGAUGCCAUUAUCAAUUGUGCUUAUUGAUUCAAUUUUUUAACAAUUCCCUUAUCAAUGCCUUUCUUUGAUUUAAAAAAAGUAGACUAUAGGUUUUCACAGUUAACUCAACAUUUUAUUGAGUCUCUGAUAACAGAAAAAGAUGUAUGCCACCUUCAGUGUGAUUCAAAAAUAAUCAAACAACAAACUAUUUGUACAGUAUUUACUUACGUCAAUAUUAGGUCAAAUUAGGGUGACCAUAUUCUGAAUCCCAAAAUCCCCAAAAAUCCCAAAAAAGUCCCUCAAAAUUUUAAGUGUUUUUCAGGUCGGGUCAAGUGUUUUUUGUUAGUCCACACUAUACAAACGCAAAACUUCCAUACAAAACCAUGGACAUUUGUAGAUAUUUAUAAACUUCCCCGGACAGGCCAGACAGCCCCCCCGAAAAAGGACAUGUCCGGGUAAAAGAGGACGUUGUUAAGUCUGGCAUGCUUAUGUUAACACAGGUCACACAUACCGUCUUUGCCUUCCAUAUUACUCCUUUUAUUUGAUGCCGUGCCCUGUUGACAAAUGUUUAAGCAUGUUACUGGUAUUUCCACCUUUGCAUGUUAUCACUGCUCGACAAACAUUGCACAUCACAUUGUUGUCCUCUUUGUUAGUAAAAUGAAGCCACACUUUAGAUUGUUUCUGCCUGCUUUUUGUACCGCCCGCAAUAUCUUUUUCCUCAAAGUCUCUGUUAUCCAUUGCGUAGACCGGCUCUUGCGAGACCAUCUGUCAAGGCACCUGGAAGAAAGGAAUCAUUGAGGGAAUCAUUAAGAUAAAAUGUAAACGAUGACGAUGAAUUGAACCAUUUGAUUCCCAUUCCUAGUUCUGAAGUCCUGCAACCAACUUGCAACUUAUUUAUGCUUGCAGUUGCAGAGAUGAUGAGUGGCUACAGAGGCCUGAUAGGCUCCCUUAUACUGUAUAUUAUUUGACAUAACCAGAUUUUUUGGAGUUCUUUGCACACAAAGUCUUCAUACAACAUCAGUCAUGUUUGUGUUUGCUCUCCUUAUAUCACAAACUUUGAUGAAUUAAAAGUUCCACUACGAAUGAGCAUAGUUGUCUCCAGGAGCCCUUAAUAAACAUUUCUGUCUGUUUUUCUUCUUUUUUUCCAGCUGAGGCUGUGGACAGUGACCCUUCCAGGUAAGAGGAAUAUUUACACAUCCCAGACUUAAGCGAGUGUGACUGAGAGAGGCUUAGAGAUGUGGAGAGAGCAGAGAGGACAGAGAGAGAAAAAGGAAAAAGGCUCUAAAUUUGAGCCCAAAAUGCUGUUUUAAGCACUUUCAUGUGUGUAAAAAGGGGUUUAUUUAGGUUUGGGGGAGAUAAUAAGAGUGUAACUGAUGCAAGCAGUUAGCAAAAACAAUAAGAUGUUGAGUAUUAACAUCCAGAUGUCAAUUGGCAUUAAAUAUUUUAUCUAUUAUAUUUCCCAGAAUGCAAUGUGCUCGGUCAGUGCGUGUUCGGAAGUCCAGACCUGUUUCCCAAUUCUGCCACACACUCUUCACCACAGACAUACUCUCCUACAUACAGGUAACAGUCAAACACAUCCAAAGUGAAACACACCCUGUUUUUACCUCCUUUUAUUUGCCUGCUGCACUGCACUGCUGCUCAAACCUCCAAAGGAAAUUAUUUAGAAAAUCCUGUUACACUGAGGCAGAAGAAUCGGAGGGGGAUUCUCACAACACACACACACACACGUAUGCGGACUGACAGUCCAUCCCCCCAUGUACUUCCUGCUGCCUUCAUGUGUGUGUGUACGGUCAUGCUUAUAGCUUAUUGCUGGCUUUCUCUCCUUUCCACCCCCCUCUGUCUCCUCUCUCUGGUGAAAGGGAUUAAAAUUCACUGGCCUCUUUGCUGCCUCCUCUCUCAACUCCUCUCUGAGUGUGUGUGUGCUUAUGUGCGCCUCUUCCCAAUGCUUCUUAAUCUUUAUUCCACUUAUUUCUUACUCCGCCUCUUCUAAUCUGUUCUGUUUCUUCAUCUUGUCUCUGCUGUGCUCGACGUCAUGCAGGAGGAGAAGGAGAAUGUCUCGGACACAGGUACCGAACACUAUCUUUGACACCACAUGCUGGUUCUUGGCUGUCCCCCAUGUUUACCAGGGUUUUGGCCUCAUUAAGACACAGAGGUUCUGUCCUUGGAUUUUUUAUUUUUUUUGUUUAGCAGUGGUGGCCUUGACGGUAAAAACAUAACAACAUUGUUGGAAAGAGUACACAGAACAAAAAAACUCUGAAAUUUCAAAAAGACCCAAAAAUUGAGAACAAGGUAUUUAGGCAUGUCAGAAUAUCCAAAAUAUUCAAGUAAAAAAUGAAAUUUAAAAUCGAGUAUAUUAUUCAACAAUAUAAAUACCACAAUUUACAGCUUUUCCCAGUAUCCCCAAAUUUUUUUCCAAGUACAAAAAUCUAACAAAAAUUGCACCAUAACAAGGAAGCAAAAGUUAUCAGAGAAUUUAUCUUAAGAUUAUUCUUUUCCACAGGGUAAAAUUCAGAAAACAAAACAAUUUAAGCAGAAAAUUAUAUUAAACAUUAAAAAAGUUGUGAUACAUUUAGUCAGUUAUAACAACAUUAAAAUUUUAGAGGGAGAGUUCACAAGUUUUUUUAAAUGCUGUGUUUUCUGGAACUGAAUAUUCAGACUAUUGUCAUGCUCUGUCAGUGCCGUCUCCAGUGAAAUGUUGUUUCUGCUUUGUGUGUUUUUGCGAAAUAAUGUGGCUUGACUCUGAGGUCCACCAGUUUUUGCAGAGUCAUUGUCGUCAAACAGAAGUAAACUUUCAUAGUUUUAUUUUGAAGAAAAAAAUAAUGCUGUUGGAGAGUCAGAUUAUAAAAUAGAUUUAUUUGCAUGUCUGUACAGGAAAUGUAAUUUUUUUACCAGCCAGUUAUCCCAAAAUGACAAUUUUUUAAAAGUGGAUUAUAAACCACAGCUAAAAAACUAAAAUUUAGCUAACAUUAAAACACAGAUACAAGAUCAUUAUCUGUCUAACCAAACUCUCAGCUGAAGAUACAGCACUAUACCACGCAGUACAAUACUAUGGCAUGCAAUAAUAUUCCAUGCCAUACCACUCAAAACCAAGGGGGUUCAAAUGGAUUUCCAUAAAUAAACCCUCUUCAAAUACAACAAAUCUCUCUGUAUAUUUAACACCCAGAGUAGGGUGCACACGUUUCAACAAAAACACUUUAUUCUCAGUUCUUUAGCUCUUUUUAGCCUUUCCCUUUCUUUAUUCACGUUUUUCCUUGCUUGAGUCUUGCAUUUCCAUAUUUUUCUUUCUGUUGCAGGUGUUUUUUGUUGUUGUCUGUUGACCUCCUCUGUCUUUGCAUCUGUCCCCACGCUGUUGCUCAAUCUUUCAUCUCACCUUCUCCGUUCAUCUUUUCUUCAUGCAGAGCUCUGGGCAGCAGAUUCCUGUGGUGGUUGAGAGCUGCAUCCGUUUUAUAAACCUUCACGGUGAGUCAGUUUUUAUGACAUUAGCAAUGAGCCAUGCUGAGAGAGCUUUGGACACGAACAAUGAGCGUGUGGAAGCUUCUGUAUAUGUGUGUAUGCAGGACUGUGUAUAGACCACAGCAGCCGCUUGUGACUACGUAAUAUAACGUUAGAGUGUUUGUGUGUUCACAGGCCUUCAUCAUGAGGGGAUAUUCAGAGUUCCUGGGUCACAAAGAGAAGUUAACCUCAUUAGAGAUGCGUUUGAAAGAGGUAAACCAGCUGCUGAAAUUGCAUCAUUUUCUCCCUCAUGCACUGAACCAGAUUUAUUCAUUAAUGUCUCUAAAAAUAAUACAGUUUUGGAUUUCACACUUCAGUCUUUCAGCACUUUCUGUUUUAGCCUCUUCAACUACUUUAAUGGAUUAAUGUCUAUGAUAGGAUUACCUAACAAGUUUGAAACGUGUAAGAGGAAGCUCUGCCGAACAUGACAGUGAAACCUCACACUCAUAAUUAUAUUAUAGGCUCUAAAACUGUCCCCAAUUCUCCAAACAUAUUGAGCACCCAGGUGGUGAAUGUGCAAAACUCAGGCUUCCUCCCGAAGGGGAAACACUUUGAACAUGGUCGUACGCUCUGCUGAGUGUAACCAGGGGAGGAAGCAAGUGAAGGAUAAUGACCUUGCGGCUGCUCUGCUGGGUUCAGCUGAAUAGUUUGUGUAGCUGGCGAAAAUUCAGUCUUUUAAACUUCCUAAACGAGGUGGUGAAAAAGCAGCAUGUCAACUGAAUCAGUACCAACAAAGACCCUAUUACAAUCAAAUUUAAAGUUACAAAACAAAAAGCAUCAUAUAUUAUUUUUCAAAUUAUUCAAAAAAAAUUUGCACAAAAGAGUGGAUACUUUGGCAAAGUUGGCAUUAAACAAACUUUUCUGUGCUCUCUUUGGCACUGCAUUAACUCCUUACUGAAACAUCUGGCUUUUAAUGAGCCAAAUCCCCCUUAUGUGGCUGUUGUUUUAUUCUGCCUCCUGUUAAGUGCUGGGCACACAACAGACAUUAAGAUAAGAGAGGUUUAUCAGAGAGAAUAUCUGCCCACUUCAGCUGAAAGCAGUCUGUAGAAAGCAGAGAGUGAGACAGAACAACGAGCUCAAAGGCACUAAUAAGCUGUAUAUGUUUUCUACAGGUUCAUCAGUAGACUUAGAAAAGACAUUAAAGAUAACAGGGUACAUGCUCAGUCUAACCAGCCGAUCAACACUGUUUAUCAUGCUGUGUUACAUUGGUACUUGGAAGUUGGAUUUUCCAAGUUCCAAGUUGGAAAUUCAUCUGGACCACCCCCCUGUAGUCAGGUAUCCGACUCGGACAGUCAGACGAUCCUUACCCACCCUGACUUGACGACAACGUCAUAAACCAAGAUGGCAGCGCAGUGCAUCAAAAGUAAAGAAUAAAAGUCAAAGCUCUCAUAAUGUAUUAUUUAUUAGCACUUCUGUUUUGUUUUUGUGAAAUUAAAGAAGUGUUAUAUGUAGUACUGCUCAAUGUCUAACUGUGAACACGGUGCUGUGGUGUUUAUAUGGGUGAAAUACCAUAUUAAGUGCUGUUUUCAACUGGCAUAGCUAACAGCAGCUAACAACAACUAACAACGACUAAAAACAGCUUACAGUGGCAAAACGUUACAACAGUAGGCGUCCAUCUUGGUUUUCCGACUUGUUUACCAGAACACCAUCAACUUGGGUGUAACAUCAUUCCCAGCUCCAAAAUCUGACUUCCGGGGUACAUGGAACACAGCAUUAUUACGAGGAAAAGUUAAAGAGAUUUACUGGCACAAAUGUAUUUGAACCUCCAAGCAACAAAAAAUGAAGCCAAAGCAGAAAUGUUGAAAACUGCAGUACCUUAAGUGCCCACUUGAGGCCGGCUCCAGAGGCACCUCCAGCCACAUACACACCCAUUUAAAAAAAGCCCAUGUUUGCAGCAAAAAAAAAAAAUGUUUAAAACCUGAUACAAAAAAUAACAGUUUUAGUUUAAAUAGCUUAUGUUUAUAUCUGCACACACCUUGCAGGGGACGUGUUUUUAUUUAUUUAUUUAUUUAUUUUUUUAACACACUUAUUUUGAAUAUAUUAGAGAUUCCUUGACUUCCUGAUUCCUGACUUUUUCUUUUCUGGCACCCUGCUGCUUCAAACUCUACGUAAUGUUUCUGCACUUGACAGUGAACUAAACCCGUUUUGCUACAUGGAUAUGUUCAGCCCGUGUUCCUGUUUCUUCCUACCUGUAGGAGACGAUCCUCUGUCUGACAGUGAGUGUGACCUGGACUCUGUGGCCGGCGUGUUGAAGCUUUACUUCAGGGGCCUGGAGCCUCCUCUCUUCCCUUAUGACAGUUACUCUCAGCUGCUGGAGUGUGUCCGUAAGACCCCCUUAUAUAACCUCCAUGUCUGUGUCGUUGAUCCUGUUUAAGUUGCUUAGUUAUUUGUGCAUCUUUAGGAUUCAGUGGCGCUUUCUACCUGAUAUAUCAUCUCAUUUGAAAUAGAUUAGAUGUAAACCGCGCUACAUGGAAAAAAACAUGCUCAUGCUGAUUUAGAUUUCUGCUGCUUAAGUAAUAGCACUACAAGGUGACUGCCACCAUAUUGACGCCCCCAUCACCUUCAAAUAUUCUUACUUCUUUUUAACUCUCUACUUCUGCAUCUCUCACUAUCUCCUCACUGUUCCUGUAGGCAUGUAAAUGAUUUUAUUUUCCAAAACACAAACUCUGGGUUUCAAUUUGCAUGGCUUAUCAAGGUUGUGAACCUGCCUGCAAGUCGUUUGAAUCUUGUUAGUGCUUCAGCAGCCUAAUAAAUCAGCCCAGGCACCUCAUCUCAGAAGUUUAAGUACUUGUCACAACAUUUCUUUCAGUCAGAAUUUGGGUGAUUUGUGAAUCUGACACGGUUCGAAAUGCUGCAGGAGUUGGAGAAGCUGUAACCACAAAUACAUUUGUUCAAGCAGCAUUAUUUUUGCUUUUACUCAUCUUGUCAUCUUGAUCCUUUUUUACUUUUCUUUCUGUAAUGCACAGAAAUUGAGGGGGUGACUGAGAAAGCAGCGCAGAUUAAAGCAAUCGUUUCCACAUUCCCACGGCCGCUUCUCAUUGUGAUGCGUUACCUCUUCGCUUUCCUCAAUCAGUAAGUUCCAACACACCCCAGAGUGGGACACUCAGUUACACCCUCAAAACAGGGUUAACAACACUUUGUGUUUGUGUGUGUUUUCCCAGUGUGUCUCAGUACAGCGAUGAGAACAUGAUGCAGCCCUACAACUUGGCUGUUUGCUUCGGUCCGAGCUUGCUGAGAGGGUUGGAUUCUGAUGACGCUGUUGCUAGGCAGCCACAGGUCAAUGAUCUCGUCAAAACUAUGAUUCUCCAGCAUGACAUCAUCUACCCCGGCCAAUCAGAACUGCCCGGCCCAGUUUACGAGAAGCACAUGACUCUGGAGCAGGAGUACUGGUGAGAGAUAAGUAGUUAUGGAUAUUCAUAAAUGUGGUGUCAGUUAUGAUUUUAUAACGAGAAAUUCAGCCAUGACCUGAUGACAGGCGGGAUAGCUCAUUUUUCAGGACGUCACAUGUUGCUAGCAGUUAGGGAUGGAAAAACUGGAUGAUAAUAAUACUGAUAUGAAUAUAUAAUAACAUAUAUAGUAUUUCAUUAAAAUAAAAAUAAUGAUUCUGUCAUAUUUUAUGUCAUACAAGGUAGUUAGUAUAGUUCUGUUGGUGUAACAAUGCCAAAGCCUGAGGCAGGAAGAGCACACCUCUAAUCUCUUUUAUCUGCAUACAUGAAAAGCUAAGGCAGGUAGAGCGACAGCAAAGACCCCUGAGAGAUGAACAGAGCAGGCUUCGUUGGUAGUUUGAUACUGGUAAAAUCAGACAAGGUAAAAAGGAAAAGCUUGGGUAACAGAGGAGGAAGAAAGGCUAAGCAGGCUAAAGCAGUUUAAUGAGCAAACCCAUUUUAACAUUUAACAGAUGGUAAGUAGCUGAGCUGAUAUGAGCUGGCCUUAAAAUCAGGUGACAUCCUGUGGGUUGAGCUUGACUUUAUGACCUGCCUGAACUAACACCAUACUCAGUUUAAACCAGUGACUCCCAAAUGUGGGAUUGUUGCCUUGUUUUUGAAAGGGGCUUGUUAGUUUUCUGGUUCAAUGUCACACACUGGAGCUGCAACUGUGUUGCAGACAAUGCACCAACUAAUCCUAACAAUCCAGGAUUUUGUUAGCAAAGGUCAUGUCUGAUGGUGUGCUUUCAUAAACAUGGAAACGUGUGUUUGUGUUGAUUUUUAUAGAGAGAAGAAGCAGAGGGUGAGAGUAUUUGUAUCUGCUAAAAGGGAGCCCUUCAGAGGAAGUCUUGUAACCACUGUUCUGAACUGAAAAUCAAAACAAGAACACUUUAGAAACCACGAUCCAGAUCUGUGAUUACAGGUUCUGCGUUUAUGAAAGCUGUAGGGAGUAAGAUUUAUUGUGAUGAAAUGCUUGAAACAUUUACACCAGCCGACUUUUUUCACAUCAGAACUCAUUUUUUAAAGUUGAUUAUAAUAUCAACAAUAACAACUUUCCUCAUGUGGAACCUUUAAAAAGAAGGGUCCGCAAAGUACUUAGACAUACAAGCUAAAGCCUGCAUAAGAAGAAUGUAUUAAAAUCAAAACACAAAAACUCUCUCUCUCUCUCUCUCUCUCUCUCUCUCUCUCUCUCUCUCUCUCUCUCUCUCUCUCUCUCUCCCUCUAAUGAUGGACCAUGAAAUUAUACAAACACUGUAUUACAGAAAACUUAGCUUCACAACUGAUGUUGCGUUUGAGUUACAUCUGACUUCUAAGGUAACACGAACGCAGCAUGAGACUACAAAAUCAUGAGGUAAAUAUUUGUUGACUCAGGUGAGAGUGAUAGGAGCAGUAAUUGUCUCAUUCAUCACUGGCCAUUUCAACUCAAAUUUUCAUCAUUAAAAAGGGAUCAUUACAGUUUUAUGCCUUUAUUUACUCCUUUCAAUUAGUUGAAUUCAAUCUUUUUUUAUAUUUAGUUGUAACUUUAACACAUCUUUUAUAAAUUUACCAAAUUGUCUCUAAGUUUGGUCAGAUUGGUUGUAAAAUUAAAUUACUCAGACCUGAAUAAAUCUUCAAACUGUCUUUCCUUUUUUAAUGAUUAAACAUGAUCAGGUUAGCUUUUCAGAAAACACUUAUUAUCUAUCCUUGGAUGACUUGCAGUAAAUUUAGCUCUUGGCAGCAGCCUCAUGUCGCUCCUGAGAUUUGUUGGUCAUGUUUAAGACUGGAGUCUGAGAUGAGUCCAAGAACACAGAGCAGCUUUCCACUUCCCUCCUUUUUCACGGCUCAUCUUCUCCUACCAUAAUGCUACACCAUGCCAAAGGCAUCUAUGCGCAGACUGCAAUGCUUUGUGUAAAAACAGCUUAAUACUAUUAAGCUGAUUGCUCACUUCAAUCGAACACAAGCCUCCAGCCUAUCGACAGUGUCCAUGAAAAUCUCCAACAGCCCCCGAACAGCUCUGAGGGAGCGCAGCAACAUGAAAAAUCUCCUCAUGAACAAGCUUUGUUUGUUUGGUUUUUGUUCCACACUGAGGUUUUAGGGUCAUAUGAGAAAUCUCACAAUAAUAUUAGGUCUUAUGUGAAAUUAGAAAAACAUGAGGGGUUGUAUAAGCAGACCCUUUGGGGUGACAGUUGGUCUGAGUGUCAGACAGAAGGGAAGCUGUGCACGACCACUGACGUGGAUUUUUCUGCCUGUCUGCAGUGAGCCAAUCACAGAGGAGGGAGACGGAGAGGCUGAGCAUCUGCCCAGUGAGGACGGUGAGUACAUGCAGUACAAAUACACAAUACACACACACCAAACACACCACAAAUACAGCCUUUGCAUCAGCUACAAUACCACACAUGCAGGUACAUCAGCCAAACCUCACUUAUAUCAGCUGAGAUAUAUAAAAUCAGUGCCUUAUUUGACGUUAACCGUGUUGUGUGUUUGGAUGCCUGUGCAGAGUUGGAGGCGGUAGCCAUGUUUGACUAUGUGGCGAGAUCUCCCGCAGAGCUGUCCUUUAAGCUGGGAGACCUUCUUAUCCUGCACAGCAAAGCCUCCUGUGAUUGGUGGAGAGGAGAAGUCGGAGGAGUUAAGGGACUCAUCCCUCACAAAUACAUCAGCGUGCUGGAUGGGUGAGAGACGUUUCUACACUUGAGUCAUUCAGAGAACGACUGCAGGAAUAUUAGGAGCAAAAUCCUGAACGAUCAGGGGGAAUUUUAGUCCUAUUUUGAAUUUGAUUCAUUUAAGUUUUGCUUCUUUAAAUUGUUGACUUCUGGUCUUAACUUAGUUAAUGUUUGAGUGUCAUAUUUCAUAUGAAUAAAUUAAACCUUUUCACCUCGUAAGCAGUGUCUGCAAACUAGUUCAGCCAAGCAACUCAAGCUCAAAUCUCCCAAUUUGGUGGCGUAUCUAAGCUGUAGGAUUUAAGGUCAGUCUGUCUGCUCAACUAUUGCCACUGUUACCCUUCACCAUACUUUCAUCCUUCCCAUCACCCCAGAGUCUGCAGGCUAGAUGGUUUCAGUCAACAUCUAACCACUUUUUCAAAUGACUGCAGGGAAAAUAAAUCUGAUGAGAACUGCACCAAUUUUCCUUUUGAUGCUGCAAUUAAAUUUUCAACCAGCUCUAGACAGAAAGGAGUCAUAUAACCAUAUGCAGUUAUGUUGAUUUAGUGGACUUCUCAACUAAACUAUUGUACUUGAAAUCUAAAAGAGAUGGUGUGCACACCUGAUUGUUGUGAGUUCUGAAUUCCUGAUGCACAUUCUUCAGCUCCCAUCAGCUUAUCCCUAACUUUUUGAAUAAGCAAAGCAGUGACGUUCAUUGCGAUAUCUGUAAACUAGAAAGAGUUGGAGUGGUGAGACAUGAUGAUGUACAGUAUAUUAACACUGCUAAUCUUACACACAAAAACAGAGUUUGACAUUUUUUGGGGGAAAAGGUUCUACCACUUGCGUAACAGUGAAAAGUUGGUGGAUAUUUGAAGGUCACUUUCCUUCCAAGGUGCAGAUAUUGAAUGGAGUCGUGCUGUCACUUACACUGUCACUCUAGCAAAAAGAGAAAAACAUCUAUAAAAAUCUAUCUUUUCUAUGGAUUAGAUAAGCAAAAACAUCAAGUGUUGUGGGAUUGGUAAUCUUAGUCGGUCUGGUUUGAUUUUUUUUUAAUACUUAGUCCAGGUUCCUAGGUGAUUUUUUUUUUUAAGGGAGAAGAUUUGGUCAUUUGAAGUGAGAGGAAUAAGGUUCUUGUCAGGGGUCACAGUGGCUCCAGCUUGCCCUCUUAGUUUGAGAAACCAGCCAAAGGACCAGCUCAGAAUCUAGGCUUUAAACAACUUAACUUUGUAUUUUAGCCAGUUUCAACAAAGUUUAGCCUGAACAUUAACCUAAGAGGAAGUGUAUGCUCUAUGUAGAUAAUUUUCAGCGCUGUGCUAUGAUUUUCAAGACUGAAAUUUACUCUAACAUCUGGCUCUUUUUUUAAGACUCUUCAAGGAUAGCUUGUAUAUCAGAAUUUUUCAGCAGUGUACCAGCUUACUUUCACUGAAGAAACAAAAAUAGAAGUUACAAGGACAAGUGCUGGAAAAUUGAUUCAAAGAAACACUGCAUCUCAGCUUUACGCUCUGAGGAAAACCCAAAACCAGCUCCACAAAAAUGCGUGUGAUGGUGAAAAACGAUCACACUGAGCAGAUGUCUUAGUUUAGAAAAAAAAUGUUGAACAAGUGUUUUAGACAUCCUCCAACCACGUGUUUAGAUUUUAAUCUUAUAUGCAUGUCUGUGUGGGUGUUUAAACUGCAUAUCUGAUUUGCCUUUAUAUAGAUGCAAAAAAUAGUUACAGGAGUUGCACAGACUAAGAUCAGGAUGCAGGAGUUGAAAAAAUCACAAGAAAAUUAACAUGAGAUUUCACUGAUAAUCGUCACAAAUAUUGAAUGUAUGCAUUAAAACUGCAUUUGCUCCUCAGCUUCUUACUUUAUUGAACCUCAAUAGCACUGUUGCUUUUGUAAGGUUAUACUGUAAGAAGUUCACAUGAUUUUGAUCAAUCUUUUAAUCAUUUGUCUAAAAAAAAAUCCAUGUAAUGAGUUCACUCCUAAUUUCACUCCUGCUCCUUCCUACAGUUAUUUGUCACUCAGUGUUUAUCCUAUAUAUAAACAAGUACUGCUUGUACUUUCUGUAGUGAUAUCUAAGCUCUAUAUAAAUCUCUCUGCUUCUUCUCCCUCAGGUCAGAGCGAGGGAAAAGAGAAGAAGGAGGAGGAGGAGGCAGCACUGGAAACCUGACAGUAGAAGAUCCACAGAUGGAGAACACAACUCGGUACACACACACAAACAGUCAUGCAACCACAUACUUGAGUGCACACUGCAAUAUAUGAGUGCAUCCACACCACCAAACACAUGCAGCAAUAGAUGUAGACAGCAGAAUACACAAAAACACACACGGGGCACUCACUUUGACAUUGUUGCACAGAGCGCACACACAUGUGCAAACUCUCACACAUGAAUGCCCAAAAUGCAAAGUUACAAUACUUGUGCAUCCAUCUUAACAGGAUGCGGGUGAAUAGUGACAGUGCUUCGUUGCCCGGGAGACAAAGAGGAAGUGAGGGGAGCCCCAAUCGAAAGCCGCCAACUUCCCCUGCAACACGACACCUGCCAGUGUAAGAAUUGCACACACCUUGUACACAACACAUUUUCAUGGCAAAGGUCGUGAGAAUACUGAAGUUAGAGCUGCUCAACUUAGAAAGCAUUGAGCAUCUAUAGAGCCAAUAAUUCACUCAGAAAUUGAUGUUUUUCCAAAUUAAUGCAAAAGCAGAUUUCUCUGCCUGAUGCAUUUAAAGGCAAGAACUACAACAUGGUAACACAUUACAGCAGUAUACAGUACCAGUGACAGAAAACUAGUUAAGGUUGAGUCUAGUCUGUGUCUAAUAUUUGAUAGUAAGAAAUAAACUACUUUCACAUGUUUCAGAUCAGAUUUGGCAUUUAAAAAUCAGGGAAACUGUGUUGAUGUUAUCUCUACUCAUCUUGUUUUACAUCUGUUACUUUUUUCUUUUAGGUCUCAGGAGCGAAGACACACGUUAGACACUGUGAGACAGGCUGGCUUCAGGCCCACUGACAGACCUCCGUUUGGUCAGGCAGAAAGAACAGCGGUCGACAAGGUCAGCAAUUCAUCUCAAUGUCACAUCAUAAAAAGGACAGAUAAUAAAAAAUGUGUCACCUGUGAUGACCUAAAGAAUCAAAUCAUUCUUCACAUCUUAUUGUUUAAAACUUAGCUCACUUGCUUGACAUGCCACGCCAUAUUACUGCCAUUGGAGGUCUCUAGGUGUUAAUCAAUAUGAUGUCAUGCAUAUGAAAAGUUAUGACUUCCUGGAAACUUUCCAAAACUCAUUAUCGAUAAAAAUAAAGUAAUAUUACAGUUUGAUGUGGUAGAACUUAUAAUCAUGCAGUGAAAGGCACUGAAAUUUGUGUGAAUGUUGAGUUCUGUAUUUUCCAUAAACUUUCAUUAUGAUGAUGCUUGCUAUAGUGCACUAAAAUUCAUUACUUAAGAAGGUAUGCCUUGUUGCAGUCUUCUUAUUUACGUUCUGAUGGACACAAACAUGGACGAGGUCAUGCUUAGCUGAGCAGGAGUCACUGAGACUCAAAUUUUAAAACCUACCAUGUCUUCAUUUCUUGAUUUUUCUCUCUGCUUCUGUUCUCUCAGGAGAUGAUCAGCCGGCAGAUGAACUCCGUAUUCAAAGAGCUUCUGUCUCGCCAGCCUCCUGUGCAGCAGCCCGCCCUCACCACCCCUGCCGUCCCUGCUCCAUCGUCUGCCUCCUCCACUUCCUCUCUUCCUCAAGCAGGCCCCAGUGCCAAAAAAGUAGGAUUUGGCCUCAGAGGACGGGCCCUAUUCAGACCCGUGGACUAA